UCCCAUUUCCUCCACCACCACACAACAAAUAUAUAUAUCAAUGGCCAAGCUAGCAGUUCUGAUCCUCCUCAUUGCCGUCGCCACCGCCUCGGCCUACAGCUACAGGGGCGACGAGUGCGAAAGCGAGGUGGAGCAGCAGAUGCCGAUGAUGAGCUGCAUGAAGUGGGCGGAGAGCAAGAUGAGGAGCGGGCCCUACCGCCACCGCGGCGGGGAGGAGGAGGAGCAUUUGGAGCAGUGCUGCUCGGAGCUGAGGCGGGUGAGCUCAGAGUGCCGGUGCAGGGCAGUGAAGGAGAUGAUGAUGGAGAUGCCGCAGCAGGUGGAGAUGCAGAGGAUGAUGUGCUCUCUCCCCACCAUGUGCCGGAUGAGCCCCUGCAACUGCCCCCGCUUCUUCGACUGAACACACACUCUCUCUCGAAUCUAGUCGAAUAAACUGUGGUCAGACUGUAUCAUAGGGUUCAGGUUUAUUAGCCCAUCGGCUAACAUCUUGCUUCCGAAUAAAAUACCACAUCUUCUAUGUA